UGUGUGAGUGGUGAGUGUCCGGGGAGAGCGGUGUAGAGGCGUCCUUGCAGUGCGCGGGUCCCGGCGCCUCUGAGGUCCUCUACCCGCCAUUUUGAAACCCAAGCCGUUAUGGCCGACGCUAGAGCCACUGCCUUGGAAGUUUUGUGGUGAUUCCUAACGUUGCAAUGCGAGUGUGCCCUGUUCCAGUGUGUUGCGUUAUGCCAGAAAGGCCCCAGACUGUGUUGGCGUGACCAGUGGUGAUGGAAACUGUCUGAGUGGCGAGAAAACGUCGUGUGUGAGGUGAGGGACGCGUCGUGCGCCGUCCUGGACUGACUCGGGGUUUGUUGUGAGUCCGUUUGUAUUGUUUCCUCGCUUUUCUCUCGUAGCGAAUAUGAUUCCUGGGCAGACUAGACUAGACAUAACCAUGGAGGAGACAAACGGAGGGGGCAUGCAGGUGGACUCUCCCCCUAAGGUGGGAGGGACAGUUGAGCCCCCACCAAGAGAGGAACCUGUCAUAGACCCUAUUAAUGGCAUUGUACAGCCUCCCUUCACCCCUCCACCUCAUAGACCUGGACGUGUUACAAAUCAGCUUCAGUACAUCCAGAAGCAAGUGAUGAAGACUGUUUGGAAACACCAGUUUGCUUGGCCGUUUCACCAGCCAGUGGAUGCCAUGAAGCUCAAUUUACCUGACUACCACAAAAUAAUAAAGCACCCUAUGGACCUGGGCACUAUUAAGAAACGCCUUGAAAAUAAAUAUUACUGGAGUGCCAAAGAGUGUAUACAAGACUUCAACACUAUGUUUACUAAUUGCUAUGUGUAUAAUAAGCCUGGUGAGGACGUAGUGUUAAUGGCACAGACUCUAGAAAAGAUAUUUUUAACAAAAGUGGCAGCGAUGCCCAAGGAUGAAAUUGAAGUAGAGGAUGCUACUAGCAAAGGUGGCAAGGGCCGUAAAGGUCGGACACCAGCAGUGCCGGGAACAAAGCCUCCUAGACCUCCCUCAGUCCCUUCUGCCCCCUCUGUGACUGCCCCAUCCACAGUGCCAGUGGUCACGGCACCUCCUGUUAUGAAUGCUGUUUCAGUUGGGGGUGUCACCAGCGCCAGUUCGCCAGCCCUGUCCAACUCGCUCUCUUCCCCACCAACGGCUACUACCAUGGGGUCAUCUCAACUGCCAUUACCCUUGAGAGUAAGCACCCCACCAACCACUACCACUGUGCUGGGCUCUACUGCUCAGCCCACCGUCCCAGCGCCUGCGUCAACAAACUCCUUUCCUCCGGUGUCACUAGGAGGGCCAAUGCAAGGCUUUCCACCUCAUCCCACGCCAGCGCCCAGUCAUCCGAACCCCUCCACAACUAUUGAUGGGUGGAAUCAGAAUGACACGCAGAAGGGGAUUAAGAGGAAAGCAGACGCAAUGAAUCCAAUGAUUGGCAACUCUAAUUUAGAUGCAUUUUCACCGGGGCUAGGAGAAAAGAUGGGGAAGAUAUCCUCUCGGAGAGAGUCAGGCAGACAAAUCAAGAAGGUAAACAAGGAUUUACCAGAUUCUCAGCCACAACACAGCACGAAACCUAAAGGAAAGGUUUCGGAAUCCUUUAAAAACUGCAACGAAAUUCUCAAAGAACUUUUUUCUAAAAAACAUUCGGGAUAUGCAUGGCCCUUUUACAAACCAGUUGAUGCAGAUCUCCUCGGGUUGUCAGAUUAUCAUGAGAUAAUCAAACAUCCAAUGGAUUUGGGUACAGUUAAGACAAAAAUGGACAAUAGAGAGUACAAGAAUGGUGCAGAAUUUGCAAAUGAUGUCAGAACCAUAUUCACCAACUGUUACAAAUACAACCCUCCUGACCAUGAUGUUGUUGCAAUGGCAAGAAAACUUCAAGAUGUUUUUGAAAUGAGAUAUGCCAAAGUGCCGGAAGAUGAGCCAUUUGAAAUUCACCCUGCCACAGACUCUGAGGAAUCAGAUAGUGAAAGUGAAAGUGAAACAGAUGACUCAGAAGAUGAGAGAGAAAGAAAGCUUGUUCAGCUUCAAGAGCAGCUAAAACAGGUCCAGGAACAAAUGAAGUUGUUAGUUGAAGAAUCCUUAAGAAGAGGUAAAGAUAAGAAAAAGAAAACGAAGAAGAAAAGUAAAGACAGAGAAAAAAUGUUAUCUGACCUUCCAAAUAUGCCCAUGUCUACGGCGCCCUUAGUUAAUCAGAACACGCCAGCGGCAGCUGUUGUCGCAGGUUCUGUAGCUCCAUCAAGUGUACCAGCACCUGGUCCAGUUCCUGCUAAACCUAAGAAAAACAAAACUAGUAACAACAAACAAAAGAGACAGCGGUCAAAUGCAAGUAAAUCAAAGAAGAAGGCAGCUGGUGGUUCUCUGGGCAUGGUGUUUGACUCUGAGGAUGAGGAUAAUGCCAAGCCUAUGUCAUAUGAUGAGAAGAGGCAACUCAGUUUAGAUAUAAAUAAACUCCCUGGUGACAAGCUGGGAAGAGUGGUGCAUAUCAUCCAAACAAGAGAACCAUCACUAAGGGAUUCAAAUCCUGAUGAAAUAGAAAUAGACUUUGAAACCUUAAAGCCUUCAACAUUAAGAGAAUUGGAAGCAUAUGUUGCCUCCUGUCUCAGGAAAAAGCCGAAAAAGGUUAUCACUCGACCAGAGAAGAAGGCUGUCCUAUCGAAAAGUAAGGAAGAAUCUAUGGCUGAAAAGAAGCAGGAACUUGAGAAGAGAUUACAAGAUGUUACAGGUCAACUGGGGAAUCCAGCAACAGCAAGAAAAACCCCUAAGAAAGAUGAAAACAGGAGUGUAGAUGUAGUUGGGGGAGGCACGUCACGAUUAACAGAAUCCAGCUCCUCCUCCUCAGACAGUGAUUCAUCCUCAUCAUCAUCUUCAUCGUCAUCUUCAGAUUCCUCAGACUCAGAAGCAGGAAAUCGCAAGCCCAAGAAACAAAAAGUAGAUCCUUCACAGAAACAGUAUCAGCAUCAGCAAAAGCUGCAACAGGAUCAACAACAGCCUCAUCAAGGGGGAGGAAAAGGAGAGAAUCGAAAGCUUUCCAACCCAAACUCAAAUGCAUCAUCCACCAACCACAGCACCCCAAUGGUUCAUGCAACUAUAAGCAAAGGUGAUUCCAAAGGAGACUCGGCAGGUCGUGUACAAAGUUUAAAGGUCACCCUUGGACUCCCUGCUAAUAAACAAUCUUCAGCUCCUGAAGAUGGAAAACCUGUUGAUUCAGGAAAAUCUGAACUGAAAAAUAUUUUGACCAGCAAUAACACUCCAAAGUCACAGCCUCAGCAGUCCAGUAAAACACAGUCUCAAGAUCAGCAGCAACAUCUAGCAGAACAACAGAAGCAACAGGAACAACAAAAACAAGAACAAAAGAUCCAGGAGCAGCAAAAGCAAGAACAGCAGAAACAACAAGAGCAAAAGGAACAAUUACAAGAAAAACAAAUUUAUCAGGAGAAACAACUCCAGAAGCAACAGUUAGAACAACAGAAACAACUGGAACAACAAAAAAUCUUGGAACAGCAGAAACAGUUAGAACAGCACAAACAGCAGUUAAAACAACAACAGCAGCAACAACAAAAGCUGCAACAGCAGGAAGAGCAACUUCAACGGCAACACCCUCAGCAUCAUCAUCAGCAACAGCAACAGCAACAGCAUCAACAUCAUCCACAGCAACAGCAUCACCAGCACCAUCAUCAGGAACAGCAGCAGCAACAACAACAGCAACAACAACAACAACAACAGCAGCAGCAGCAGCAGCAGCAUCCCUCCCAUUCUUUGCCACCAACUUUGGAGCAACAACAUUUACAUCACCAACAACAAUUGCAGCUUCAGCAUCUGCAGCAGCAACAACACCAUCACCAUCAACAACAACAACAGCAGCAGCAGCAGCAACAACAACAGCAGCAGCAGCAACAACAGCAGCAACAUUCACUAGCAGGAGCAGCAGUGGGUCACAAUGUCACUGGACUUCCUCAUCCUUCAGUGUCCAAUGGCUUCUCUGGUGAAAUGCCUCUAGGCAUGGCAGCACAGUCACUUGUGCAUAGUUUGGGAAUUAGUGCAAUUACAGGUUUGAGUGGGCUGACUUCUCUGGGACCCACAGGACUUGAAGGAUUGGGUAGUGCUGUAUCAAGCGGAAUGAUACCGAAUCUUGUUGAUGUAGUGUCAUCAAGCAAUGCUGCCAUGUCUACUGUAACAUCCUCCAAUGCAGUCCCAUCUCAUAAUCCCAUGAUGCCAAGUGGUUUAGAUACACAUCAAGAUUUGCCAUCACACCUACCAGAAACCAGUCUAGCUGAUCUAAAGGCUGCAGGACUAGAUACAAGUUUGGGAUACUACCCUUCAGUAUCACAAACACAAGGAGAUCCAUCAAUGAUUCGUAAGCAAACGGACAUUGAUAUUCACCCAGAUGUUUCUGCAUUACACCGGCAGCAUGCAGCAGAUCCAACAGCCCUUGUGAAUUACCUCACUUCCCAAGAAAAAAAGCAAUCAUCCUCUGCACCAGAAACUCCUAAAUCGUCAAGCAGUUCAUUUAAUAAGCCUAAACCAACCCCUAAGAACUUGAGCUCUUGGUCAUCAUUAGCUCAGAGUGCUGUCCCGUCUCCUACUGCAUCAACCUCUCUCAAGACUUCUGCUAGUGAUUCUUUUGCGCAGUUCAAAAGAGUUGCAAAGGAGAAAGAAGCACGGCAACGCCAGAUUAUUGAGCAACAAGAACAGAGGAGACAGCAGAAAGAACAAGUGGAGAAGGAGAAGGCAAGAUUGGAGGCAGAGAGAGAACGUGCCCGUGCGGAGGAGGAGGCACUGGAAAGGGCUAUGGAACAGGCCAAGGAGGCAAGAGCAACUCAGGAAAUGCAAAGAAGAGAAUCACUGACCGUCAGAGAACGACCACCUUCGGGUCCAAAGGUUGCCACUCCCUUGACGGCCUCUACAUCACCCCAUCCCCAGCUAGCAACUCCAGCUGGGCCCCCAAGCUCCCACACCCCAGCUACUCCAACACCUACCCAUGAUAGUGCAAAGCUCAGUGAUCGAGACAGACAGAAACUCAGAGAACAGGAACGAAGACGAAGAGAAGCUAUGGCUGGUCAGAUUGACAUGAAUCGCCAAAGUGACUUGAUGGCAGCAUUUGAAGAACAGUGUGCAAAGUAAUGUAAAUAUCAUACCAAAAAUAUUGAUUUAUUCAUGUCAGCUUUGUUCCUUGUAUACAACUCAACUCAGACAUCACCUAAGUCUCAUUAUUUGAUAUAUUUUGUAUAUAUAGCCAUAACUGUGUUUAUAUUUAUUAUGGUUCCGUGAGAGUUCUUGUUGUUGCUGUACAUUUAUGUAUGAAACAAAGAGAUGUAAAUGUUACAUUUUGGCUGUGAAAUUGUCUCUUGCCAGUGCAUGUUGUCGGCAAGUUAUACAACCAUCGGCUCCACUUCUGGUUGGCGCUAGGUUCACUUGGCCAGCCCUGGGUAAAGGAAUAUAUUUCCUAUUGUUAAUAACAACCUUGUGACUUUGCCUUGGUUAUAAGGAUGCAAAUUCAUCAUGAUAAAUGAUUAAAAGAACUACAUCUUGUGAUUAAUUAACAUGUUUCAAAAUCUGAUAGGAUCACCUUGUUUCCUCAGUUACACUGUAAUCAUCACUGUCGGAAAGCACAAGUCAGGCUUAUCAAUAACAGUGCAUGAGAGCAUACAGAAUAUUAUGUUUGUCCAGACUUAAAGAUUUAUUUAUAUGAUUCAUCCAUUUCCACUAUUAGAGCAUCAGAUGUAAUUUCUCAAAUAGAAAGCAAAUCAAGGAAAAUGGUUAAAAAUGCUGCAUUAAUGUGUAUGCUUUUGUGUUUGAAUAUUUUAAAGGAUAACAUUAUUUGAGUAUAAAGUCUUCAAGUGCGUUUAUAGUGGAAUGAAUGGAUCCUCCUAUUAUACAGUGCAUUGCUGUAUUGGUGCUUUGUUAAAGAUAGAGGACAAUACAAAUACUCUGCAUGUCAAGGCUGUUUCAAUAUUAGAACUUCUACAGAUUCUCAACAACCAGCUGGUUACAUUCAGCUGUUGAUGUUUCAUGGUGUGUGCCACCAUACAUUAACUUUCCAUAUUGACCAACGAUUUUCAUCCAAGAAAAUGUUCAUCAAUAUUAGAUUUAGGAUUUUUUAAUAAAAUGUGUUAAAAGUAUAUGGCUUAAGAGCCAGUAGACCAUUAUUUUUGGUUUCUUUAUUGUAUAACCUUGGGUAUGGUAUUUAACUUGAUUUUUACAUUCACCUGAAUUGAGAUCAUUAUUUCAAGUGCUUGAAGAAAGCUUAAAAGUUUUUGGGAGUCAGCUUAGGAGUGUAAUGGCACAUAGCAAAGCAGUCAUUAACAGUGGUUUACUAGGAACACUAAUUUUGUAUUGCCUCAAAUACUCACAUUGUGGUUACAGAAUCUGUGGCAUAUUAUUUAUCAUAUUCCAUACUGUGAAUUUCUUUUUUAGGAAAUAGCCAUAUCCCAACGUGCAAGAGGUUGUGCUAAGUCGGUGCUCCAGGGCUGCUGACGUGUAUAUAGCUGUAUAGUUAAUGCUUAUAUUAUUUAAAAAGCAGAUGGUGAGAGCCAUGACUUUAUCUGGCUUAUAGUAGUCAUAUGACAUGUGCAUCACAAGACAAACUUGCUUUUAGCAUUCCAUAUAACUAAAUCAUAGAUGUGUCAUAAAUUUCAUACAUUUGAUCAAAAACUCUAAAGUGUUGUGGAGGAGAGAUUAAAGGUUAUGAAAAGC